AUUUAUGACAUUCGGAUGACCUUCGAGUUGGCUGCCAUAUAUUUAAGAUAUCGCUCUUUAACCUAUCAUAUACGCUACUAGACGAUUUCGAGGGCUUGAAAUCGAUAUCAUUUCUUCAGAGAUAUUUGUGUUCCGGUUUGUGAAGAUUCAUAGAACGUAUUUAUUGAUGUUUGUAUAGAGAAAAAGACUAGUUUAUUUUAAAGCUACAAAAGAAAGAGAAUCUAUAGAUUCACUCUUUAUUGAUGUAGUUUCUGUGACGGAAACUGUUAUUUAUAGUCUGUAAUGUUAAAUAUGAACGACCUUAUCAAUAUAUAAUAUGUAACAUAGUCAAAAGACUAUUAAGAAUUAACGACGAUAUAAAACAAUAGUCAUUAAAUGUAAAGUUGACCUUAAAAGGUAAUAUGCACUUGUAGAAUAUCUUCUCAUUAACCAGCGUACAGAUACUACUAUAAUCACGUUUUAUGUCGUCAUUAAAAAUGGAGAGCAAGAAGGAGAGAGACUUAUCCAUUGGUCUUGUCGCAUACUUUUACGAUCCAUCGUCAUUCUCAAAGCUAUUUAAUUAUUUUAACGUCUCGAAUGAUUAUGAAACUUGCAAUGGAACGGAUACAACUAUUGAAAUUAGAGACGUUAGUUAUGAGAAUUUAAAAGAAUUAUUAAAGAUCAAAGACGAAACAGUACCUUAUUUAAUAGAUGUACGAAAUAGAAGUGAAAUAGUUGAAACUUAUCUUCUACCGAAAGCCGUUAAUGUCCCAUUGCACGAAUUAAAUGAAGCCUUUCGACUUCCUAAGGACAAGUUCCAAGAGAAAUAUGGUAAAUACAAAGCGGAAAAAUCGCAUUCGAACCUGAUAAUCUACUGUAGAAGUGGUGCAAGGGCCGUUGAAGGUUAUCGAUGUUUAUAUUCUAUGGGAUAUAUUAACAUUAAGCGAUACAAAGGAUCCUAUUUAGAAUGGAAUGAACGCUUAGAGCAAUAA